AUAGUUUUCCCUUGUUUUGGUGUGGCCACACUGACUUUUGGCUUGCUAUUGUUUACAUUCAAUUAUUUCGACUUCUUAUUUGUUGAAUUAUCGCCACCAGUUGGAAGGAAGCAACACCUGUUGAUCAUUUUUGAACUUUUCUACUUGUAGCUCUCCUACGCCUAUUAAGCAUAUUUUUCGAGAGGAUAUACACAAGAAACAAAAAAAAAAUAUUAAAAAACCGAAUCUCAUUAGCCCAGUGGAUUGGUCAGUUUCCCAGACUUUUUUGACAUGGCUGAUGAUCCAGAAAACUCAGUGGAUAGGCCCACAGACGACGGAGAUGCCGGCAAACCGGAAAAAAUGUUUACGCUGAAGAAAUGGAACGCAGUUGCAAUGUGGAGUUGGGAUGUGGAAUGCGAUAUCUGUGCCAUUUGCCGUGUUCAAGUUAUGGAUUCCUGCCUUCGCUGCCAGGCGGACAACAAGCGGGAUGUGAUGGGUCGCCAGGACUGCGUGGUGGUUUGGGGCGAGUGCAACCACUCCUUUCACCACUGCUGCAUGUCGCUGUGGGUCAAGCAGAACAACCGAUGCCCGUUGUGCCAGCAGGAGUGGUCCAUUCAGCGCAUGGGAAAAUAAAUAUCUCCACCUGAUAUUACUUUAUGCUGUGUCUAAAAAAACAACUAUAAAUAAAAAAUUAAAAGUAUAAACAUAUGUUUUCAGGGUUGAAUUCAGAAAUCAUUGUAACCAAAAUCAUACAUUAAAAGAAGAACAGAAUCCUUGUU